UUAAUAAUCUGAUGGUUGGGACUUGGGAAGAAUCAAAAAAUGGUCCGUGCUAGUCAGCUCUUCACUCUCUAAAACCGUCUUUUACAACUAAAACCCUUUUCUCAUUGCUUCCCGCCAUUUCUCACACUCAGUUUUGGAUUCGAUGAUGACAAAGAUUAGGUCAAGUGACAUAGAGGAGAUCAUCUCCAAGCUUUCUUCCGAUAAAGUUAAAACUCGUGAAGAUGGAAUGAAGUUGUUGAAUAAUUGGUUAGAAGGCGAAAAAUCUAUUAAUUUCUGUAAAUUUCUCAGUCGAAAAACUGCAAUGCUGAAACCGGAUGAAAUUCCUGGAUGUGAUACUUGGCCGUAUCUUAUUACUUUGUUGGUUGAAUGUAUAAAUAAGGAGAUAUCAGCAAAGAAGCGGGUGCCUAAGUUAAUGUAUGCUAAAACUCUUCGUAUUGUGGUGCAGCGGACUCAGGAUAGCAAAGGCAUUGGAAAUAAUCUUCCCCUUAUCACGGUCGUGAAGUCUCUUUUCAAUCACAUUUGUGAUGUCUUUCAAGAUGCUCCAAGCUUUCAUUCUGAAUAUUCUAUUAUCCUGAGGCAUAUUCUGGCAGUCCAAGAUUAUUGUUUUCACUUGAGGAAACGUGUCUAUUCUGGGCUUGUUCAUCUAUUUAUGGAAAAAGUUGUACCAAGUGUAAUUGCGGAGGAUUGUUGUCACUCCAAUCAUCCCAAAGAGGAAGUUUUUCGUUAUGUUCUGGCAUUACAUUCUCUAAUUGAAAAUCCCCCGGGAGAUUUUUCAAAUCCUCUAAGAGACAAAGUAGUCGAGUUUUUCAUCGAUAUUUUUAAAUCUGUGAGGGAAGUUGGUAGGAUUUCUCGCAAGCUAAUUGAGUGUCUAAAUUCAUUCUUGUUAAAAGAUGGACCUAAUUUGGGGCGACAGUCCUUGGAUAUUCAUAAAUCCGUGAAGCGUUUUGUAUUUGACAAUUGGCAUAUUGCUGAUCGUGAUCUUAAGGAUGCCUUUAUAUUGUAUAUGAGAUUGCAACUACAUCUGAUAAGAGUGAAUGAAGAUGAAGAUAAAGAUAAUGAUGGUGUCUCUUUAGUUGAACAACUUUCAGAGAUACUUAACAAGGAGUUGGACCAAUGUAGUAUUCCCAAUGUUUCUGCUUCACGGUCUGAAACAUCAAAGGAUGAAAAGUUCGGACAAUUGCCAAACUCUCAUCGGAAUCUAUUGGAGCUAGCAGCACUUGUUUUUUAUCGGGCAUGUGUUGGUGUGAGUAAAAGGCCAUUAGCUGAAAAACGAGCAAGGAGGGAAAAUGCUGCAACUUACUUAAAAGAACAAUUAACAAGAGGAAAAUGGCCGUGGCAUGCUGUCCUUUGUCAUAUUUGUCAUAGUCACCAGAUGCACUUGCCUAGGGACCUCUUUGUGUACUGGUUUGAUGGCAUAUGCACCAGUUUGGAGAGAAUCUUGUCUGAUGCUAAUGUGGAGCAUUCUUAUGACUGUUUGUUGUGGACAUUACGGAGUUUACAUCAACUCUUUGUGCUGCUUUUGCCUCUACUAUCUCUGGAUGAAGGGUCUCCGAAUUCGUCUCCAAUCGCAAACACGAUUGCCCGGGGAUGGCAAACAGUUUGGAGCUGUCUUGUUCGUGGUUUCCCCAAGUUCAGCAAUAUCUCUUCUGUUGCUGAUGCUGCUUUUAGGUUGUUAGGAGAUUUGGUCUCUCAUGACAUACUGAAUAUGACAGAAAUACCGCAGGAUGUAUGGGACCUUCAAUGUUUUAGAUGUAUCUCAUCUUCGUCUGCUCUGUACUUCAUUUCAUGUUAUUUCUCCAGGAAAGGUUCUCAAGGUGACUUACGAGACAACUUGUAUCUAAGACAAAAUAUCCUGAGAGGAGUUAUGAGUUAUAUCAACACAAGGGAGAUUAUCAUAUUGGAUGAGCGUGUGGUAAUAUUGUUUCCAGCUGCCAUUUAUGCAAUCUGUGUGGGAGUUUCUAUCAUUAAGGAUCAUUGUGGAUGGUUCACAUUUUUUUGCAAUAUUGAAGACAAGGGAAAGGCAUCUCACUGGCUCAAAGCCUAUUAUGGGGAUCAGCAAACCCAUGCGGAAUCAGAUGAACAUUUUGAUUGCUUUGUCAAUGUCCUUGCAGAGCUAAAUAUUUAUUGCCAGGACAAGGCUCCAUUGUCAUGCAAGUCUCGAGGUGUGCGCCUUCCACGGCAGCUAAGAGAUCCAUUACUGAAUGAGAUGGAAAACUGCAUUCUUCAUGAUCUGGUGGAUAGAAAUACAGAAAAGAACCUAUCUGACAUCUUUCUUCGUUGUGCUCUUUUGUCUAAGUUUCUUUAUGGCUCCUUUUUAACAAGCAUUGUUGAUGCUGUAUCCUGCAGAUUGAAAGAUGAGAUAUCUCCUUUCCGUGCAAAACUUGGUGACUGCUUGUCAAAUUUAAUUGAAUCCGCUGUUUCCAUAGUACAAGAAUCAGUAAGGGAUAUUAAAACUCAUGGUCUGUGGAGUUCAAACCCUAUCAUUGACGGAACUCACUCUGCUGUCUGCUUCAAAAUCUUUCUCAGCUGCCCAAUUUUCAUCUCUGGUGGAAAAGAAGUAACAAUUGAUCCUGCGCUUCAUACAUCAAGUGUUCAUGGCAUUGAAAGGCUUCUGAAGGCCUUUUCUAGUUUGUACCUGGAAAUUUCUAGUUGUGACAGAGAUCUACAAUGUGAGACUAGAUCUUUUGAGGUUCCAAGUUUGAUCUCCCCUGUUGAUGAGCCCUUGGGGGGAGUUAAAAGCAGAUUAAUAGACAUGGAGUUGGAUGUGCCUAAUGAGUCUAGUGAUGUUGUCUCAAGUGGGAUAAUGGGCCCUGGGACUUGUGUUACUAGUUCAAGGUUUAAAGUCGACAUGUUAUCACUCAUUGCAGGUUGUUUUUCAGUAAUUCCUGUGGCGACAUGGGAUAUUUUCUUUGACUUUCUGAUUACUGAAAGUGAUUUCAAGGUCAGUGAAACUAUUCUGCAUAUUUUGUGUGAAAAUCCUCAUUGGUCUUCUUCUGUAAAGCUGACUAAUUUGGUAUCCUUCAUGGAUGAAGUAGUUGAGCUGAAACUGAGCUUAAAGCUUAACUGCUUUAAUGCUCUCAGUACCUCUUGUUGCUUAUUAAAAAGUUUGAUAUCUUUGCGUUGCUAUGGGAAAGACGAAGAUGGACUUCUCUCUAUGAAGGAAAGAAAUAAUGAGAAGAGCUUGAUGCCACUUGGAGAUUUGUUGAAUAAAGUUGCCGAAUCUAAUUUACUUGAUUGGCGUGGACGUCGAAAGCUGGUGGACUGCAUUUGUGAUUUUAUCUCCUUAAGUCCUUUGAUUGGUCAGACAAUGAUCCAAAGGUUGUUGAUAUUGUUGAAAGAUCCUGAUUAUCGAGUGAGAUUCAAUUUGGCUAGGAGGAUUGGUAUCCUUUUCCUCACAUGGGAUGGUCAUGAUGUUCUUUUUCAGGAUAUUUGCUCCAACUUCGGUCCGAAAUUGAUCAUGUGCUCAAGAGGGAAACUUGUCACUGAAAAGGAGGUCCAGCCAAAUGAUUAUUCCUCACAUCCAAUUAUGGAAACUAUUGUCAUAACUCUUAUGCAUGUUGCUUUUCAUAGUGAGAAAGUGGAAUCAGAGGCAGUUUUUAUGAUAUGUGUGAUCUCCGCUAUUGGUGGUUGUGAAAGGCAAUUAGUGAAAGCAGCAUUAGAUAAUCUUGCUCGACAACUCCAUUAUUCAUGUCGGUCAAAGUAUUUGGAAGAACUUAUGGGCCCUAUCCUGUUUGGUUGGGUCUCUUGUGGCGUGAGUUUAUGCGCACUAGUUCAGAUAAUGGAUCUUUUUGUUUUAGAUGUUGAGCAAAAUCAUUUUCUGCUUUAUUGUUGUCAAUGGCUCCUACCUGCCCUUGUCUUGCAUGGUGACAGCUCCAAUCUUCAGUAUUUAGCUGAGCUUACACAGCAAUCUGCGCCUGUUCUGGUUAAAAGUCACUUCGUUCCAGUUUUUUCUAUCUGUAUGGCGGUGUAUUGUAGCAAAAUGACUGGUUGGGAAAAGGGAUCAGCUGCUCUUCAGAGUAAACUUCUGCACUUUGCUGAGAUUUCUGACGAUGACAGGGACAAACUUAUAAAGAAACACAUGGUUACUAUAGUCUGCCAUAUACUCAGUCUAGCUUCAUCUGUGUCGGACCCUAUGGUUCCUUUGUUUUCCAGGGAGACAAUUGAACUUGCACUUCGGACAGUCGUUGAUGGCUUUAUGGAGCUUGACAAUUAUCCUUCAGAUGAGGGUGUUAUUGACAAGAUUAAUGUUUUUCGUCCUGAUAGAGUAUUCAUGCUUUUGGUGGAGCUACACUAUAAAGUAGCUGCCGCUGUAAAUGACAGGCAUACCUCACACCGGUUAGCUGGAAUUGAGGUACUCAUUAGUAUCCUUGGCCAUAGAGUAGCAGUUCCGAGCACUUCUUGUUACCUUUUCAAUUUGGUCUGUCAAUUUAUGAGCUCUCGUGCUUUACAAGAUCAAUGCUGUCGUAUGAUUUCCAUUAUGCUCAAAAUGUUUAUGACUAGUCCUUCAACAGAGACUACUCACAUUCUUGGAGAACAGCUGCAGUUUCUGGUGCCAAAAUUAGUUGCUUGUUGCAUACCCUUGGGAUCUAUUGCAGAAAAAUCAUGCACUUCAUCAUCCCAAGUUUUGUCGUUGCUUCAUCUCCUAACUGUUGAUUCUGAUCCAUCACUACAUGAUUACAUCCGAGAAUUGGAACCAUUCCCUGAGCUAGAGAAAUUUGACAAGAUAAGGAAAUUCCAUCUUGAAUUAUGCAAAGGUUACUCUCUCAGAGACCACUUCUUGAAGUUUGUGAAGAGAUCUUGCCAUCUUCCACCAAGACGACUUUUAUGGAGUCUUCAAGUAUUCCACAAGAAGCUACUGGGUGAGGGGAGUUUUCAUAUUAAGGAGAAUGGCUGGAGCAGUAAUUUAGUUGGUUGUUGGCAAUCUGACCCAGAGAUUUUGCAAGCUGUCUGGUCACUUGUCAGAAUAUGCGGUUCACAGGAUGCAGAUGCUAGGUCAUUGGUGUCUGAUCUUGUUUCUAAGGUUGGAAUCGGGGAUCCACGUUCAGUGGUUUUUCAUCUACCUGAUAAUUCAGGCCAUAAAUGUGUUAGCAGAGCUGAAAUGAAUUUUGAGUUGGAUGAUGUUACAUCUGAAAAGCUGUUAAUUUCCCUCAUAAGGAAUUUAAAGAAAUAUUUGACGGAUGAUUCUGUUAAUAUUAUCGAUUUAUCAUCUAGAACACUUCGUGGUAUUCUUUCAACGGAAAGAGGGAGUAGAAUUUUAGGAUCAUUUGAUUCUUAUGAAAGGUCUCUUAUCAAGGUUCAUUCAAAGGGAGCCAACAUGAAGUUGGUUGAGGGCAUUUUAUGUGAUCUGCAGAAGAAGUUCACUGCCGAAGGAAAAUCCUUGGAAGAUUCAUCACUAUGGAAUACAUGUGACAAAAUAUUUGAAUCUUGGAUAUGUCCACUUGUUUACUCACUAAUUGGUCACUGCAGUGAUGUCACAUUGAGGCUAUGCCAAGAUAUUGUUCUUCUGAAGGCUGAAAUUGCUGAACUUUUACUGCCGAGCAUCAUUAUCAAUUUGGCUGGGAGAAAGGAUUUGGCAAUUGAUUUUGCCAAACUUAUCUCUGUCAAGGUAGAGCAGCAUAUAUUUAUCGAGACAAAUAAGAUGAAGAAGUCUAUUCAGGUGAUGUUGGAUGUACUAAAUGAACUGCGCUUAUGUCAUGUAUUGGAGAGAGCCAAUACAAGUUCAACGCCAAAUAAACAGGAAAAUUUGAAGCCUUCUCGUUCUUCUGGGCAUGGUGGAAAAUCUCGAGCGUCUUUGAAGGCCCUAGAAUCAGACACGGUAGGGAGUGCCGCUUUGAAAUCCACCACUCUGUGGGAUAAGGUUUAUUGGCUCAACAUUGAUUAUCUUACUGUAGCAAAGGCGGCAAUUUUUUGUGGGUCAUAUUUUACUGCUAUGCUCUAUGUUGAGCACUGGUGUGAAGACCAUUUUCGUAGCCUUACUCUUGGAAAGCCGGACUUUUCCCAUGUUGAAACGUUAUCCUGUCAUAUUGAGUUACUGCUCUCAGCUCUUACACGGAUAAAUGAGCCUGACAGCUUAUAUGGAAUCAUUCAAUCCCAUAAGCUUACCUCUCAAAUUUUGACCUUUGAACAUGAGGGGAACUGGAGCAAGGCUCUUGAAUAUUAUGAUUUACAAGUGAGAAUAGAGACAUUGGAGGGUUCUCAGAAAUACUCAUCUCAUGAAAGUAGUCAAGAAACUUCUUGCAUGUCCAUCUCAGAAAUGGAACUUGGGGUGAAACAAAGGAAGCCAUACAAAGGUGUCACAAGAUCUCUGCAGCAGAUUGGAUGUGCUCAUAUUCUAGAUCUGUAUUGUCAAGGAUUAGCUUCUCGUAGACAGGAGUUCCAACAUGAUCAGGAGUUUGUUGAACAACAGUAUGAGGCUGCCUGGCGCUCUAGCAACUGGGACUUCUCUGUGUUUAACGUAGGAGACAUGUCUCAUGCUUCAAACCAGCAUAAUAGAAAUGAUCGUUUUAAUCAAAACUUGCACAGUUGCUUGAGGGCAUUGCAAGAAGGAGAUUUUGUUGAGUUCCACAAAGAACUAAAGGAUUCCAAGCAGGAACUUGUGCUGUCUCUUUAUCAUGCGAGUGAGGAAAGCACAGAGUAUAUCUACUCAACAAUAAUAAAACUGCAGAUCUUAGAUCAUUUGGGUGUGACUUGGGAUUUAAGAUGGAGACCAGUGUGUAGAAGUACGAUUUUCUUGGCAGAGAAGCGUAAUGUGUUAUCUGAACCCACUAACCCGGUCUUCGAUGAGUUGUCAAGUUUGAAUACACAAUGGAAUGACAUUGUGAAUCAGACACGACUGCACAUGAAUCUGUUAGAGCCAUUUGUGGCAUUCAGGAAAGUUCUGCUCCAAAUUUUGGGUUGUAAAGAUUGUACAAUGCAACAUCUUUUACAAUCUUCAUCUAUUCUUCGCAAGGGUUCCAAGUACUCUCAAGCUGCUGCAUCUUUACAUCAAUUAAAAAUCAUGUGUAUGGAAAUGGGCAGCAAAAAUUCAAGUUUGUACUUGCAUGGCAGGCUUGAAGAGGCCAAGCUUCUGAGAGCACAAGGUCGGCAGGAUAUGGCUAUCAAUCUUGCAAAAUAUAUUGCGGAAGAGAAUCAAUCAAAUGAAGAAUCAUCAGAUGUACAUCGUUUGGUUGGGAAGUGGCUUGCAGAAACUCGAUCUAGCAACUCGAGGACAAUAUUGGAGAAGUACUUGAAGCGUGCUGUGACAUUUUCUGAGGAUCUCAAAGCUGUCAACAGGAAAUCCUUGGAUAGGAAAUGCCAAACACAUUUUCAUCUGGCACAUUAUGCUGAUGCACUCUUUAAAAGUCAUGAAGAGAGGUUAAACUCUAGCGAAUGGCAAGCUGCUUUGCGUUUGAGGAAACACAAGAAAAUGGAAUUGGAAGCUCUCAUUAAGAGAUUGAGGAGUUCAACAAAGGGGGAGAAAAUAGAUUAUUCACUUAAAAUACAGGAAUUGCAAAAGCAACUUGCCUUGGACACAGAGGUUGCUGAAAAAUUACAGGAUGACAGAGAUAAUUUUCUUAACUUGGCACUGGAGGGAUAUAAACGUUGUCUGGUUUUAGGGGAGAAAUAUGAUGUUAGAGUGGUAUUUAGACUUGUUUCGAUCUGGUUUGGCCUCUCUUCUAGGCAAAAUGUUGUGAAGGCAAUGGUUGACACUGUUAAUGAGGUUCAGUCAUACAAGUUUUUACUACUUGUUUAUCAAAUUGCAUCUAGGAUGGGCAGCACAAAAGAGGUUCAAGGUCCUCAUAGCUUUCAGUUUGCUUUGGCUUCUCUGGUGAAGAAAAUGGCUGUUGAACACCCAUAUCACACCAUACUACAGCUUCUGGCUCUAGCAAAUGGUGACAGAAUCAAAGACAAACAACGCAGUAGAAAUUCCUAUGUCGUUGAUAUGGAUAAAAAGGUUGCAGCUGAAAAGAUUUUGGAAGAGUUGCAAUCACAUCAUGGGAAAAUUAUGCGACAGAUGAAACAAUUGGUGGAAAUCUACAUUCGACUAGCAGAGUUGGAGACAAAGAGAGAGGAUACCAACAAGAAAGUUACCCUUCCAAGAGAUAUUCGAAGUGUUCGGGAGCUGGAACUUGUUCCCGUGCUGACAUCCAAUGUCUCUGUUGAUCGUAGUUGCCAAUAUGGUGAAGGAGCAUUCCCUCACUUUAAAGGAUUGGGCGAUUCAGUUGUAGUGAUGAAUGGCAUUAAUGCUCCAAAGGUCGUUGAGUGCUAUGAUUCCGACGGUAAAACAUAUAGGCAAUUGGCAAAAUCUGGAAAUGAUGAUCUGAGACAAGAUGCGGUUAUGGAGCAAUUUUUUGGUUUGGUCAACACAUUUUUACACAAUAAUCAAGACACGUGGAAAAGAAAAUUAGGAGUACGCACUUAUAAGGUUGUCCCUUUUACUCCUAGUGCUGGUAUUAUUGAGUGGGUAGAUGGAACUCUUCCUCUUGGUGAAUAUCUUUUAGGAAGCACACGUAAUGGAGGGGCACAUGGACGUUAUGGUGCAGGGGAUUGGUCAUUUUUUAAAUGUCGGGAGCACAUGAUGAAUGUGAAAGACAAGCGCAAGGCAUUUCAGGAAGUUUGUGAUAAUUUCAGGCCUGUCAUGCAUUUUUUCUUCCUUGAAAGAUUUUUGCAGCCAGCUGAUUGGUUUGAGAAAAGGCUGGCUUAUACUCGAAGUGUUGCUGCCAGCUCAAUGGUUGGUUACAUUGUUGGACUGGGAGAUCGGCAUUCCAUGAAUAUCUUGAUUGAUCAGGCUACUGCAGAAGUUGUUCAUAUCGAUCUUGGUGUUGCUUUUGAACAAGGAUUGAUGCUCAAAACACCUGAGCGGGUACCUUUCAGGCUUACUAGAGAUGUCAUAGACGGGAUGGGCAUUACUGGAGUUGAAGGUGUUUACAGAAGAUGUUGUGAGGAAACGCUUGCUGUGAUGCGAACUAAUAAAGAAGCUCUCCUGACUAUCAUUGAAGUUUUCAUCCAUGAUCCUCUAUAUAAAUGGGCCUUAUCUCCGCUGAAAGCAUUACAGAGGCAAAAGGAGACUGAGGAUGAUUUAGAGACUAGUUUGGAAGACUCACAAAAUGAUAAUGAGGGGAACAAGGAUGCUGCACGUGCACUGAUGCGUGUUAAACAGAAACUAGAUGGAUAUGAGGAUGGUGAAAUGAGAAGUGUGCAUGGACAGGUUCAACAGCUUAUCCAAGAUGCAAUCGACCCAGAGCGGCUAUGCCACAUGUUCCCCGGAUGGGGUGCAUGGCUGUGAAGAUACAGAACGUAUAAAGCCCUCAAUUUCUUCUUCUGGUGUUCAUCUUAUAUCCCCAUUCUCCCACCAUUGCCUUCCUUUUCUCCAUACAUCUUCGCUGGGAAACCGUGACUAUGUUGAAGUUGUAUAUUAAUGUACAUUCAUCAUCUAUGUAUAUCAAAAUGAGCUGCUUUGGAAGCUAGGAAAUAAUAUACAAUGAGUUUAUUCGUUUUGGAGGAGGGGAUUUUGUGUUUGUAUAUUUUUUGAUGUAAAUGAAUUGUAUUGUAAUCAGAGGCCAAGUUUGUGAAAUGCAUGUGUUACUUUUCUUGCAGCUUCACCAGCAUUUGCUGGACGGUAAAACAAUACGAAUAUACAAUUUGUUUUGCCUUUUUUGACCUUCAAACCAAAUGUUUUGAAGCUGAUAAAUGAGCGCAGGAAGAUGAUGAUAGUGAGAUGAGAUUUUAAGAAUAAACCAGGACAAACUGUAAAGACUAUAAUGAAUGCAGGGAGAUUAUUUGGCACUCUUGUCUUUUUUUUUUUUUUUCUAGAGAAAAGGAAAGGAGUGCUAAAACUUGACCUGACAUGAAAUUUGAAAACAAGACACAAAUCUGACAUAAUGAGAGUUUGGGUAGAAGUUAUUCAGCAGGAAUGUAGGAUACUGAAUCGGGUGGACUUCAAUGACUUUCUUUUAGAGAAAUUUUUUGAUUUUAGUACAUAGAAAUAGUUUGCAUCAACUAAGCAUGUGCUACUGUAUUUGUGUUAGUGGAGUGGAGUAGAAUUGCGGUUUUGUGGAGUAGAGAGCAAAAACUAAAGUGUAGACUAGUAAAAUGGAGGACUCAUUUAGUCAUUUAUUUAUUGGGCUAGGUUUAGAUCCGAACUUUUUUAGAAAGAUUGAAAAAAAUAAGAUAAAUAAACAAUUUAAUUCCAAAUAUAAGAUUCGGAAAAACUUAUGUCCCAAAAUAAGCUUUCAUACAUCCAAGCC